UUAUUCUGUGACCAGACUAACCUAGCAGCUGGCCUGACUUAAUAUGAUGUAAACAUAUAAGGAAUAAGGAUAUAAAUAAGCACAUAUUCUACUAUUUUAUAAAUGUUGGAUCAUAACAUCUAUUUUUAUUAGAUAAUUAACAGAUGGUGCCCUUGUAAUGUCUCCGCUUAUAAGGGUAAUGAAAUUAGGAACUUUAAGUUACGAAGCAGGUCUCAAAUUGCAAAAUCUUGUGGCAAAAAAUCAUAUACUUGGAAGUGGAGAUUUGAACACAAUACUUCUCUUAGAGCAUACUCCUGUUUAUACAGUUGGGUUGAGAACAGCAAACUAUGACAAGAACAUUGAAAACAAACUGAGAACACUUGGAACAGAGUUUUAUAGGACUAAUAGAGGUGGUUUAAUCACUUAUCAUGGUCCAGGUCAAUUGGUAGCAUAUCCAAUUUUAAAUUUGAAAGAUUUUAAACUGACUAUGAAAAGUUACAUUGUUUACUUAGAGAAAUCCAUUAUAAGUCUUUGCAACUCUUUGAACCUCAAAGCUUAUACCUGUGAACAUACAGGUGUGUGGAUAAAUGAUAGAAAAGUAUGUGCCAUAGGUGUGCAUGGCAGUCGUUACAUUACGACACAUGGAUUAGCUCUAAACUGUUCCAUAGAUGUUCUUAAAGGGUUUGAACAUAUAAUUCCUUGUGGUAUUGAAGGUAAAGGAGUGACCAGCUUAUCUAAAGAACUUAAAAAAAGUUAUAGUGUGAAUGAAGCUGCAGAUGCAUUUUUAAACUUUUUUUGCGAUACAUUCAACUGUACUUACAUUCAUAUGCCAAAAGAAGAAAAUGAUAAUUUGUUAACUGAUCUAUCAUUGAAUAAUAAUAAAAUAAGUUUUCUAUCUUGGGUUUGA